UUUCAAUAUACCAACAGUCUGCAUUCAGCUUCAGGCUGAUUCAACAAACGUAGACUAGGCUUUUCUUAGUUGUACAAAAUCAUUUAUUUCAAAUAAUGUUGCCUAUUGUGGUUGAAAAUCAAGACUAUGUUACUGUUGCUCUACCCCCUGUUGCUGAGCACCAAAUUUCUCAGAAAAAGUCAUUGAAAAGGAGAUGGAAAGAGCUUCCACAUUUACUACGUAUGCUGCUGUGUGUGGUAUGCCUGUUGGUCAUUGCCUCACUGAUUUUGCUGUGGGAGCGUCACCAGCAGCAGCUGCGGGAGGAAGCAGUGGCCGCCGCACUCUUGCUUCGGCAAGAGCAGGAAGAGCCCAAAAAUGUAGUGGAUGUCCAGAAGAUAGCAGCAAGCCCCCUGCUACAGAAUUUAGACACCAAGUCAAAAGACAUUUUACCCGUGGACGUGGGCAUCCCUGGCGAGAACAACAACCUCAACCAGAUCCCCCCUCCUGGCAGCCGGAGUGCCCGAGCAGAGGCGGUGGUUGGGGCCAUGCAGCAUGCGUGGCGGGGCUACCGACAGUUCGCGUGGGGCCACGACCACCUGCGCCCCAUCUCCCAGCAGCCCCACGACUGGCUCAGACUUGGCCUCACGCUCAUAGAUGGCCUCGACACCUUGUGGAUAAUGGGCCUCAAGACAGAGUUCAAAGAAGGCCGUGACUGGGUCGCCCAUCACUUAGACUUCGAGAUGAACCAGAACGUGAACCUGUUCGAGACAACCAUACGCGUGCUGGGGGGACUGUUGUCCUGUUAUCACCUCACUCACGACCAGGUCUUCAUAGACAAGGCUACAGACCUAGCAGACCGGCUACUAGCAGGGUUCAACAGCGACAGCGGGGUGCCCUACAGCGAUGUUAACCUCGCCACCCGCAGCGCCUCCAAGCCCAAGUGGGGACCUGACUCCUCCACCUCCGAGGUCACCACCAUACAACUAGAGUUCAGAGACCUGUCUACCAUCACCGGCAACCCUGCUUAUGCUGCUGCGGUGAACCGCGUGUCUAAGCACGUGCACGGCCUCGUGAAGCACGACGGGCUCGUGCCCAUCUUCAUCAACGCUGCCAGCGGCGACUGGCGCCCUCACUCCACCAUCACCCUGGGGGCGCGGGGUGAUACUUACUACGAGUACCUCCUGAAGCAGUGGCUGCAGGGGGGCAAGACCGAGACUUGGUGAGACUAGUGACUACCACUCACUACCAGUGGUAUGGUAACAGAUCUUGCACAGCGCACCAAACCCAACAACUACCUCUUCUUCGGUGAACUUCAUGGCUCUGCCAAGACGUUCGUGAACAAGAUGGACGAGUUGACGUGCUUCCUGCCGGGGACGCUGGCCCUGGGACACCACCACGGGGUCCCGGACAGCAUCGUCCCGGGGGUCGCAGGGACCCCAGGGUCUCACCUGGAGCUCGCCAAAGACCUCAUGGAGACCUGCGCCCAGACCUGGCUUAAGCAGCCCACGCACUUGGCACCUGAGAUCACAUACUUCAACUAUAGGCAAGACGAUAAGGAGGACUUCUUCGUGAAGAGCAACGACGCUCACUACCUCCUGAGACCUGAGACGGUCGAGAGCCUCUGGUACCUGUACCAGGUGACUGGUAACACCACCUACCAGGACUGGGGCUGGACCAUCUUCCAGGGUAUAGAGAAGCACUGCCGUGUUGCCCACGGCUACACGACCAUCAGUAACGUGCGUAACCCCGCGGACACACGACCACGGGACAUGAUGGAGAGUUUCUUCUUAGGAGAAACUCUCAAGUAUUUCUUCCUGCUCUUCUCGGACGACCAGCGCUCCUUCUCCAUCGACCGCUGGGUCUUCAACACUGAGGCCCACCCGCUGCCUCUAGCGCCCCUACACACAACUCAACAACUAACUUUGUAGUUAACUAGUCACUAGUCUUAGUGUUUUAUGAUAGAAUCUUUCUAAGUUUGUAUUCUCUGUAUACAAUCUUUCUAUGUUUGUAUUAUUCUCUGUAUUGUAUUUGAAUUAUGCAGGGCUCUGUACCAGCGUUGCUCUUCCCUAUUAUUGAAAAUUUAGUUUACUUUCCAUCGACUUCCACGUGCAAUUUAAUUAUUAAUGUAAGUUUUCUAUUAGAUUUUUUUUUCUAGCGUAUUUAACUGCAAAUUUGAGAUAUGCAAUUUGAUGCAAAUCCUUGGCGCGUUGUCUAAACAACGUGAAUGUUGUUUUAAACAACAUUCAACUAAUGUUGUUUAAAACAACCUAAACAACUAGACAACUAAUGAAAUGUUCAAUAUUAAUGCCUGUUUUAUGAGCUAACCGUCGAAAUUAUUCACUGUAGCAUUUAAUUACAUCUCUAAUAUUCGGUUUUCAAACCCUGGAUAUUACAUGCUUAAAUGUUGUUGAUGAGUGAUGGAGUCUGUUCAAAGACCGGCCCGCUGUAUAUUUUGUAUAAUACGUUAAUUGUGAGAAAAUAUUAUGAGUGCUAUUGUUAACUUCACUUUUAUUGUGGUAUUUAGUCUUCACAUGGGAUAUAAGAUUCUUCUCAUAAAUAGCAUUUAGUGCUGAGGGGAAGACUGAUGUUACGUUGGUUCUUGUUGACAUGUUGCGUUAUUUUUAUAUUAUUAUUAUUUCAG